AUGACGAUGAUAUCGGAACUUCCAGAGAAUUUGUUAGAAGAGAUACUCUUUCGUAUUCCGGCAAGAUCUAUCAAACGUUUACGAUCUACUUGCAAACGAUGGAAACGUUUAUUCAAAGAUAAGAGAUUCACAAUAAGCCACUUCGAUAAAGCCCCAAAGCAGUUUCUUAGUUUCAUGUUGAGUGAAUCUAGGCUAUCUUUGAUGCACAACAAUCUCCAUCGAUUUUCACCUGUAAAGGUCACAAGUGAACUUAACCUAAUCGACUCUCAUUCUGGUUUUGAUCAAAUCGGGAUUCGGCAAGUGUUUCAAUGCGACGGCUUGUUGUUAUGCCUCACUAAUGAGUCAAAGACUAGGAUCGUGGUAUGGAACCCAUGUACUGGUCAAACAAGGUGGAUCAAUCAUUACAAGCUAGACACCACAUAUGCUCUCGGGUCUUACCAAGACAAAAAAUCCAACGAUGUUAGCUACAAAAUUCUGGCCUGCAGCUGCAGGGAAAUAUUUGAACGCCAAUCUCUUCCGCGUAAGGAUUCAAGUUAUCGAACUCUGUCUCUAUCCGUUUUUAGAGAAGAAAAACUUUCCGUGUUAUCACAAUGCAAAGUUACAUCGAAGAUAGAGAUAUGGGUGACAAAUAAGUUUACUGAGACCAAAACGGUGUCCUGGAGCAAGGUCUUACCCGUGGAUUUAGAUCCUGGUUCUGAGGUUUGGCCUGGCGGAAGUUUCUUGUUCGAUGAAGAGAAGAAAGUUCUCGUGUGUUGUGAUGGCUUACAGUACAAUAAAAAAGCCACGCAAGGUCUUGCAAAGCAAAAGAUUUUGAGGCGAAUGAGUAAGCUACAUUCAUAA